GUUUGUAUCUCUGUAGAUUUUCUGAUUUUCGCAAUCAAUUUUGUAAACUUCGGUGUUGGUUUUGAUUUGUGCACUUGAGAUUAUUUGCACUAUGAAUGUGAAGGAUCUGUAACCGAGACUCUGUUUUGCAAUAUGCAAAGUGAUGGAUUAGAAUUAUCCGCUUACUGAGUCGGAGUUUGAAAAUGAUAAUUUCUGGAAGCUUCUCUUUUGGUCGAAGUGCUUCUGGAGAGUAAUCAAAAUGCGGUUUUGGAGGGAACGUGACAGGGAAAAUAAAGAACAUAUCGUAGCGCCAUUAUGCGGCCAAAUUCGAGUUUUGGUGGUUGGUGAUUCAGGUGUGGGAAAAUCAUCUCUUGUGCAUCUCAUUGUCAAAGGCUCUUCUAUUGUUCGCCCAUCUCAAACUAUUGGAUGUACAGUUGGUGUCAAGCACUUAACUUACGCAAGUCCUGCUAGUUCUUCAAGUAGCAUUAAAGGUGACUCAGAGAGAGAUUUCUUUGUCGAACUUUGGGAUGUAUCUGGUCAUGAACGAUACAAAGAUUGCCGCUCACUGUUCUAUUCACAAGUUAAUGGAGUUAUCUUUGUUCAUGAUCUUUCCCAAAGAAGAACAAAAACAAAUUUGCAGAAAUGGGCAGGUGAAGUUUCAGUAAAUGGGGCGUUUUCAGCUCCCCUUUCUUCUGGUGGGCCUGGUGGUCUUCCCGUCCCAUACAUCGUAAUUGGAAACAAAGCCGAUAUUGCUGCAAGUUCAAAGGGAGGAACAAGUGGAAGCAGUGGCAAUCUUGUUGAUGCAGCUCGUCAGUGGGUUGAGAAGCAAGGUCUGCUUCCCCAUAGUGAUGAACUUCCUCUCUCUGAGAGCAUCCCUAGCAAUGGUGGUCUCAUAAUGGCUGCUAAGGAAGCUAGAUAUGACAAAGAAGCUCUGAACAAAUUUUUCCAUAUGUUGAUAAGAAGAAGAUAUUUCUCAGACGAACUACCGUCGCCUUCUUCAGCAUGGUCUCUUUCCCCUGGACCUUCCCAGCGGUUAGACGAGGGCACAAGUGAUGAAGAUCAGUUCUAUAAAAGAACAAGCCUAAGGGAAGGAGAUCCUUCCAAGUAUAACACAUUACCGCAACACAAGCUCAUGCAGCCUCCUAAACUCUAUCCGCAGCAACCACCUGACCGUUACAAUUACGCCAUUCCGAGAUUCUCUCUUUCCAGUGUAGAGGAAACCAACAAUGUUCCGGAGAAUUUCCGGUUGUUGGAGGAGCUUGAACGUGGGGAGAAAGGUAUUGGGGAUGGAACUUUGAACGCGUUGUCCGAAGACAACAGUCUCUUAACGAUGCCACCAUGGAGAAACCCUUGGCUACUAGUGCCCAUGACUGUCUCCUUCGUGCUUCACUGCUUCAUCCUCUACGUUCCUUUCUUAGCUAAUGUGUUUGAGAUUGUGCCUUUGAGUUUCAGGGAAUGGUUUGUGGUUAUUCUUGUUUCCUUCCCUGUGAUUCUAAUCGAUGAAGCUCUCAAGUUCAUUGGGAGAUGGAGAAGGACAAGAAUCAAGAAGAAGAUCAAGACAAUGUUUCGAUUUCCCUCAUUGGUAAUCGCCAUGUCCGGAGAAGAAGAAGAGAACGCCGCCGAACUCAAGAUCGGAGAUGAGUUUUUGAAGGCAAAGUGCUUAAUGAAUUGUGAAGUCUCUUUGAUUCUUGAGCACAAGUUUGAACAGCUUCAACAAGUCUCAGAGGAUCCUAUGAAUCAAGUUUCUCAAGUGUUUGAGAAGUCCUUGCAAUAUGUGAAGCGAUUCAGCCGGUACAAGAAUCCAGACGCUGUUAGACAAGUUCGAGAAAUACUGAGCAGACAUCAACUCACUGAGUUUGAGCUAUGUGUUCUUGGCAAUCUCUGUCCUGAAACUGUUGAAGAAGCAGUGGCAAUGGUUCCUUCUCUUAAGACAAAAGGAAGAGCUCAUGAUGAUGAAGCAAUUGAGAAGAUGCUUAAUGAUCUCUCUCUUGUCAAGAGAUUCGAGUAGAGCAGAAGAUUCUCAAGAUCUUAGACUAAGAACAUUUGGCAGGAUGCUUUACUUGCCUUCUAGCUGAUGUCUGAUCAAAUAUCUCUGGAGUUAGUUUUUCAUGUCUGAAAUUAUUAAGCUUUAAUUCCCAGAAUCUCUUGAAUGAUACUUUCAUGUUAAAUGAAAUGUAAUUUACAAUGGAUGAUCCAUCAGUGAAUCUCUAAGCUUUCAAUGAAUAUACCAUUUCUUUUUCA